AUGUCUUCGGGUCAGAAGUCUCAAAGGACUUUACCUUCUUCCGAAUUCAAUGCUCCUACUUCUAUUUCAGCUUGUUCAGAGGUAUUGGAUUCGUCAAGCACUAUCAAUGAUCCUUCCGCUCCGGAUCCAAUCUCGGUUUUUAAGAAGGCACUUGUCGGUAACUGGGACACUCUUGUAGGACCACGCACAGUUAGCAACCCGGCAAACACAAAAUCGAAAUUCCACGCCUAUAUAUAUUCCAAGAAACUUAUGAUUAGGGAUAAGCAAGAGGACGGAGAAAGACAUACAGUCCGCUGUUGCCACUGUAGAAAGAUUUGGGUUAAUCGGAGUCCUGUUGAAACUACUACCAGCCUUUACAUACGACAUAUAGGUGACGAGCAUAGAGAUUUGCCAUCAAAACAAUCCCUUUACGAUGCGAAGCUUUCUGAAUUGCAACUUCUGUCGAGAUCGGUAAAGAGAUUGCGUAGCAGUCAGGACAUCAGGACCCCUUGGACUCAGGCAGAGGCUGCUCAACGUGCAAGAAAGCCGGGGGAGGUUUUUGAUAAUGAUCAGUACCGUGAGCUUUUGGUUUCAUUUUUGGUGGAGACGGACUCUGCAUUCCGUUUAGUUGAAGCAAAGUCAUUCCGUCGCCUGGUUCAAUGCUGCAAUAGUAACUGUCCAUUAAUCUCCCGCCGAACAGUAAUGGAAGACCUCCAAAAAAUGCACCAUAACCUUCAACAAUCAGUUCGGUCUAAGCUUGAACAGCACAUCAAAUCGGGUGGCAGAAUCAGUAUUACUCUUGACGCUUGGACAGCUGGGAAUAAACUGCCAUAUCUCGGGAUCACCGCUCACUGGAUAGACGAGGAAUUUAAACUAUGGGAUAUAGUUCUAGAUUUCAUACGUCUUCACGGCUCACAUACGGCAGAGAAUUUAGCGGGGGUAGUAGAGAACACACUACAACAAUACGGAAUUUUGGAUUUCUUGGGAUGCAUCACUGCGGAUAAUGCUUCCGUUAAUGGGAAGAUGAUGGAUAUAUUGGAUAGAGUAAUAUAG